AUGGAAACCAAGCCCAAGCUCUGCCACUUUCAGGGCAGAGGCAGGAUGGAGUCCGUCCGCUGGCUGCUGGCUGCGGCGGGAGUGGACUUUGAAGAAGAAUUUCUGGAGACAAGAGAACAAUAUGAGAAGUUGCAAAAGGAUGGGCGCCUGCUUUUUGAUCAAGUCCCUUUGGUUGAAAUUGAUGGAAUGCCGCUGACACAGUCUAGAGCCAUCCUCAGCUACCUCGCUGCCAAGUACAACUUGUGUGGGAAGGACCUGAAGGAGAGACUCAGGAUUGACAUGUAUACUGAUGGCACCCUGGACCUGAUGAUAAUGAUCGCCCAGGCUGCAUUUAAACCCCCGAAGGAAAAAGAGGAGAGCUAUGCUUUAAUAGUGAAGAAAGCUAAAACCCGUUACCUCCCUGUCUUUGAAAAGAUUUUGAAAGAUCACAGGGAGGAUUUUCUUUUUGGCAACCGGUUCAGUUGGGCAGACAUACAGCUGUUAGAAGCCAUUUUAAUGGUGGAGGAGCUCAGCGCUUCCAUUCUGUCUGACUUCCCUCUGCUGCAGGCAUUUAAGACAAGAAUCAGCAACAUUCCUACAAUUCAGAAGUUUCUGCAACCUGGGGGUCAGAGGAAGCCACCUCCAGAUGUCCACUAUGUUGAGGUGGUCAGGAACGUUCUGAAGUUCUAGUGGCAGCAGGCCUUAAGGUGGCCACAGCGAGUAUCCAAUUGCAGCGUCACCGUAGUCCAGCUACAGAGCAUUCCGAAGCAAGGUAUAGAUCCCAGGAGGCUUCGAGAAGGAA